AUGCCAAAGUGUUCGGUGAUUUCCUGCCCAAAUAACAGCAGACACGUGCGAAAAAAGGAUGGUGUUUCAUAUUUUAGUUUUCCUCGAAACCCCAUAAGAUGCUCUGAAUGGACAGUUAUUAUAGCAAAAGCCCGAAAUGAAUUAAACUACAAGCCAUAUAAAGGUUCAGAGGAGAGACUUAGGUCUCCAAAGGCUUCGAGUACUGAGGAGCAACAAACACCUCUAAAGCCUUUAACAAAUACCCCCAUGACUCUAGAACAAAUAAGUCCUUGUGUCACACUUUCUCGAGGGAAGGAUAGUCCUACAAAAGAAAAGAAAAAAAUGGAAGAAGGAGAUGUGCUGUGCGCUGUGGGGCAGGCGCGGCUGCUGGUGUUGCAGAAGUUGGCGCAGUUCGGGUCGCUGGUGGCGGCCUGCGAGUGCCCCGACCCCACCACUGGACUCGUCACGCCUACUGACCUCCAGGGAUUCUGGGACAUGGUCUAUAUGCAGUAUAUAUUAUGGUCUACUGCAUAUAGACCAUAUCCCAAAAUCCCUGGAGGAGAAUGCAGGAGAUAUGGAGAUGUGCUGUGCGCUGUGGGGCAGGCGCGGCUGCUGGUGUCGCAGAAGUUGGCGCAAUUCGGGUCGCUGGUGGCGGCUUGCGAGCGCCUCGACCCCACCACUGGACUCGUCACGCCUACCGACCUCCAGCGAUUCUGGGACAUGGUCUAUAUGCAGUAUAUAUGGUCUACUGCAUAUGGACCAUGUCCCAAAAUCCCUGGAGGAGAAUGCAGACUUCGUGCGAGUCCCGAACAAUUUAGUUUGCUAAUAGAAUUUAUGGAAAGCCAUGGUGAUCUUUCAAGGCCACAAGUUGGACUUCAAGGAAGGGUAAGGAGUGAACGCCUGUGGCAAGAGUUAGGUGACAUUUUAAACUCAGUGGGUGGAUGUGGUGUUAACAAAACUUCCGACAAAUGGAAAAGGGUAUGGUCUGACUGGAAAACCAAAACAAAAAAGAAAGCCUCCCUUAUAAAUCGGGACAUUCAUGGCACUGGUGGUGGGUCUGGUAGGGGAAAACCAUUAAGUCGACUUGAGGAAAGGGUGUUACGUGUAAUUGGGGUCACCGCAAUUACUGGAAGUCAAGCCAUACAAGAAGCAGGCUUUCAAGAACCAUCUCAACCCCAAGUGAGCAAUACAGCUGAUACAGCAGGGAGGAUGUCAUCACCAGCAGAAAUUGAGCUCUUGGCAUUACCAUCAGCUGCAGAAGAUACACCCAUAGCAGUGCCAGCAAAUGUAACAUCUCCACCAGCACAUCCUGUCAGUCCUGUGCCAAGACCUUCAAAUAGUAGAACUAUACAAGGAGAAAGGUCGCCGGUAUCUGCCGGCCCUUCUACACCUCGUCAUCGCCAUCUCAGACAGCGAAGACUGCGACAAACACCAUUUGACCGAGCCACCAGCGAGUUUGUAGCAAUAGAGGAGAAUCUGUUGCGUUUUGAAAGGGAGAGGGAUGUGCGUCAACACGAGCUUGAAACUGAACGACUCAAAAUAGAAGCACAACGUCUGCAACUUGAUAGAGAGCGCGUUCGGGUUGAAGAAGUCCGCACCCGUGUAGAGGCAGACCUAUGUGACUACAUCCAAGAAUUAAAUUUAAAAAUAACAUCUCUUAUGUCACUAUUGGAGACUCGUGAUUUGAGACCGAAUUAG